AUGCUGUUCGCCGUCACGACGGAUAAUGCUGAGAACAACAACAAGGCCAUGCGCAUGCUUGCAGGGGAUCCAGCUGAGGGCGCGAUGGCGAGGAUUGAGUUCCCCUUGUUCCACGGAGAUCGUCACGUGCGCUGCAUUGCACAUGUCAUGAACAUUGCAGUGAAGGCGGCAUUGAAGAAAGAUGUGGUGACAGAGGCACUGAAGCGUCUGCGAGCUGUGUGUUCGUACGUCGGGUGGUCAGUCCAGUGCUCGGAGAACUUCGCACGGCAGCAGCGCAUCCUGCUGCGGUGGGAUGAUGCACCCGUGCUUCGUCUGAUUGGUGACUCGCCGACACGAUUGGGGUCCACGUAUGACAUGAUCGUCCGUGCGUUGGAGCUGCAGCAGGCACUGGCCUUGCUCCUCAUGAGGACAGGCGUGAGUGGUGGUGGUACUGGGCGUGGAGUGACUGCAGCAAUGGGCUGGUCUGGUGUGCUAGACAAGCUAGAAAUCUCCUUCCGCAAAGAGGGUGUCACUCCCCUCCGACAGGCUCUCAUCACUGCAGCUUUUGACAAGCUGAAGAAGUACAAGUACGGGGAGAAGGAAGAGCUGAUGGUUGCCACCUUCCUGGACCCCCGCUACAAGACAGUCUUCUUCCAGCUGCCGAAAUGGGAGGCGCGCAAUGCUGCGCACGUGACAGAGGUGGGGGGUUGUGCUAGGAGGGUGCAGGAUGUGGAUGAAGGGACGGUGAUACGGCUGGUGCGUGCGCGUAUGGCCGAGUAUCAGGCGCGGGUGAACACCCGCCGGCAGGGUGGUGAGGUCACGAGUGAUACCGGGGGGGCCAUUGGGCCUAGCAGCGUGACUGGUGGGGCCUCGGGCACGACGGGGGCUGGUGGAGGUGGGGGAGGGGGCUUUGAGCACUCCAUCUUUGACGAGAUGGAUGCCCUGGAGGCAGCUGCUGGAGGGGGGGCACAGGAUGAGGUGGACCGCUAUUUGGCCGAGCCGAGGCAGAGAGGUGGUUGUCCGCUGGCUUUCUGGCGGGCGAGGGAGGAUGUCACAGUUUUGAGAGAGAUGGCGCGUGACUAUUUGGCUGUGCCCGCUACUUCUGCUGCUAGCGAGCGAGCCUUUAGUCAGGGGAGGAACAUUAUUACAUGGCAGCGCCACCGCCUUACUGCUGGCCGCGUACGCGCCGUCAUGGCAAUUAAGUCAUGGAUGGAGCAGAACACUAGCGGCAGGAGCCUCAACAUUGCAGGUGCCGCUCGGGUGCUCGAUGACCUUUGUUAUGAGGGUGAGGGUGAUGGGUUCUGA